AUGUCAAGUCUAUUGGUCAGUUGGCAACUUUUGGUCCACGAUCCAACGACAGAGAUAAAAGGAGGAUUUACAAAAGUGUGUACCGUGACGACUGCUGACAAUCGUAUCGAAGCAGGCACGACCUUGGUACUUUCAAGAUCAUGCUUCAUCAAACCGAUGUCUCUUCUGGAAUUCAUUUGUGCCAAGUAUAAGGAACUAGAUCCAUGUUGGAAUCCAAGAAGCUUCCUGAAGUAUCCGCGUCUUCAACUUGUCGGAACGCAGAAGCAAGACAGCUACGAGUUAUCCCGAUUAUUAAUUUUUCAUUAG